AAGAACAAACACAUUCGCAUUGCACUUUCUUUCAUUAAUUCUCUCGUCUUCUUAAUCUCCUCCGUGUUCGCAUUGGACUCUUUCCAUUUCCGUACUUGCUUCGAUCUCUUUCACGAAAUCCAUUCUCACAAUCAUCGAGGUUUAAUUCGGAGGAAUCUUUUGUUUUUCUCCCAUGAAUCCUUCGCAAGUCGAUUGAAUCGGUAGAUUUGAUUCUCCAAUCCUCAGCUCAAAGAUUAAGAAGAUUGUGUGGAUAACAGGAGCUAUGGAUCGGAUGAGACCGGUAUAUACUCGGGAGAAAAGUAAUGCCGGCACCCCACUGGGUCCAGCGUCGCCAUUGGUGCCCCCGUUUCCCCACCAUAACCGAUCAGGUUCAACUGGCUUGGCAAAUUCCAGGAGGGGACAGAACAAUGCAACGAAAGCUGCAGCACAAAGGCUUGCUAAAGUGAUGGCAAGUUCAGCUGAUGAUGAGGAUGACGAAGAUGAUCUUUCUUUUGAUUACAGUUUAGCGAGUGGCACAGGGAGCAUUGGUCUAGCAAGUGGAAGAUCAGUCAGAGCCCGGUCUCCUAUGCAAUCAGUUAGAACUAUUCAAGAACAACCUACUCCAGGACAUGUGGGAUCAAGCGGUCGAGCAUCUCAAACUGUUAACCCUACAGAGCAAUCAUUGUCAGGUCGUUCAACGCUAGGAUUUCGGCCAGCUCAUUCUGAUAAUAAUGUUGAACAGCCGCCCAUUACUCGCACUUCAACCACUGGUCGCUCAUCCCAGCUGGGCAACUCCAUAGAACAAACUCCAUCUACUCGUUCAACAUCAAUUAGUCGUCCAAAUUUGGGAGUCAAGACAGUUCCAUUGGUACCUUCUUCUGUAUCCAUAUCACUUAAACCAACAUUGCCAGUAACUCCCAAAGAGGGUCAAUCUGAUACGAGAACAUCACUUAGACCAGCCUUGCCGGUAACUCCAAAAGAGGGUCAAGUUGAUACUAGAACAUCACUUAGACCAGCCUUGCCGGUAACUCCAAAAGAGGGUCAAGUUGAUACUAGAACAUCACAUAGACCAACCUUGUCUGUAACUCCAAAAGAGGGUCAAUUUGAUAUCAAAACGUCACUUAGACCAGCCUUGCCCGUGACACCAAAAGAGGGUCAGUUUGAUUCUAAGAUAUCAAUCAGACCAAGCUUUCCAGUAACUCCAACAGAGGGUCAGUUAGACACCAAAAGAGAUAAGAGACUAUCUUUGGAUAUGGGAAGCAUGAACUUCAGAGACACUAGCAACCAGCCUUCCAGUUCUGAUCUACAGGAUGAGCUUGAUAUGGUACAGGAGGAAAAUGAGAGUUUACUUGAAAAGCUUCGACUUGCAGAAGAAAGAUGUGAGGAAGCAGAAGCUAGAGCCCGGCAGCUUGAGAGUCAGGUUGCUAUGCUUGGAGAAGGUGUGACGCUAGAAGCCCGUCUUUUGAGCAGGAAGGAGGCAGCUUUGCAGCAGAGAGAGGCUGCUUUGAGAGUUGCAUCACAAUCUCACGGGAGCAGAGGUACUCAUCAUAUUGCUGCACUUAAAACUGAAGCAGAGACUGCAAGGGAUGAGGCAACAUCUGCUUUGGAGCACUUGGACGAAGCUGAGGCAGAGUUGCAGUCACUUAGGAUUAUGACCCAUAGAAUGAUACUGACCAAAGAAGAAAUGGAAGAGGUUGUUUUGAAAAGGUGUUGGCUUGCUCGAUACUGGAGCUUAUGCGUCCGUUACGGUAUUCAUGCUGAGGUAGCUGGAGCAAGAUCUGAAUACUGGUCAUCGUUUACUUCAAGUCCUGUUGAAGUUGUUUUGGAAGCAGGAAAGAAAGCUAAAGAGGUGACAGCAAGCGAUGAUUUGGAGGGAAGAGAAAAUCAGCGAGACUUGAAUGAAUUUUCCAGUGAGACAAACGUCGAAAGCAUGCUAUUAGUGGAGAGAGGUUUGCGGGAGCUGGCCACAUUGAAGGUAGAGGACGCAGUGGCUCUUGCAAUGGCUCGCGAUCGACGUGCAAAUUUGUUAAAACCAGAUGAAGCAAAGCUGCCUAUAGAAGGACAAUUUGAAGCAUUUGAAUUAAGCCCAGAGGAGGCAGAGGAUGUCUCGUUUAAGCAGUGGUACCAGAGUGCGGUGUCGGAGCUUCUUAAAGAUCGAGUGCAAUCUUGGUGUGGUAUUGGAGCUCUUGAAGAACGAGUACGGUCUGUGACUGCAAAGCUUAUUGUUUGGGACAUAGCUAAUUGUGGAGUGCAUUCAUCAUUACAUGACGAUGAUGCUACCUUCAAGUUGUUGCAGGAAUCAAGAAGUUUAACAUUCGGAACUACAAAACAUAGUCCACAUGCAUGAAGUCAUAUCUCCAAGGCCAAGACUUGUGGGAUGUUGUAGGACGCACUGAAGUUAAUCCACUCAAGGAUUCUGCUGCUUUAAAGAAAUGGAAUAUCAAGGCAGGUGAGGCCAUGUUUACAAUUAAAACUAUAGUUGAUGAAGAAAUGUUGGAGUACAUUAGUAUUAUGGAGGCACCAAAGAAAGCAUGGGACACGUUCACCUCACUUCUCUCAAAGAAAAUGAUACAAGAUACUCUAACCAUAUGACAGGGGAUAGAAGAAGUUGUAAAACACAGCAGAGUAUAAAGGAAGCCGAGUUAUUGUAACUGCAAACAACUCUGCCAAUAGCCCACGUUGGCAAAAUUCUCAUAAUGCCUCGUUCCAAUUCCAAAAAAGUGGAAAUAGAAAGCAUGCGUUAUAUGUGCCUAAAAUGCAGAAGCAUUUGGUGCCAAUAUCUCAAUUGAGAUCAGUAAGCAAAUUUGUCGUGUUUGGACUUGAUGGUGUCUAGGUCUACCAAGAUUUGGAAGUCAGGAAGGGUGAGAAAUGGAUUCCAUUUAUAUCAUGUUAACAAAAGAUGCCUAUGGAUAAGCAAAGACACCCAAUUGAUCUCCUGAACAACGUCAUACAUCAAAAAAUGUUAUAGUUGAUGAAGCAUUAUCAUGAAAGGCACUUGAAUCAGAAAAGACACCGAAGGAUGAGAGGUCUUUUGAAGAGGAUCCAAAGAUGAGAUAAGUCGAGUGCAAUAGGAUCCAACAGAAGACGAAGAAGAACAAUUAAGGACACAAAGUCCUUGGUAAAAUGAAGUACAUAAUAAAAAACCACAUUUACAAAGAUCAACCAAACAGAGGAUACCAAAUUCUAGGUAUAUAGAUGCAAUGUUAACAAAAUUUGAAGAGGUAACAAUGCACGAAGAAGCACCACAAAAUAUCCAAUGGAGAAAGGUCAUGGAAGAACAAGUGGCGCACUGAGCUAAACAUAAACGUUGGAACAAAGAUCCAGAAGGCUAGUGCAUCCAAGCAUGCAAAGUUUUAGAAGAGUCUUGAAAUAUCCAUAGUAUGUCAUUGGUGUGCAAAUCAGAUUUCUCUAUAAUGAUGUUGAAAGAUGUAAAUAAAUAUCUAAAAGAAAAAAUCUAGAAACAUCCUAGAUUUUAUUUAGGUUAAGAAAUUCUAGAGAGUUCCUCUAGAUAAGGAUGAGACUAGAAUAGUUAGGAUUCUAGAGAAAUCUUUCGGCUUAGGCUCCAAGGAUUUCAUGCCUAUAAAUAGGAGGUGUAACCUUCAUUUGUGAACUAAGCAAAGUAAGUAAAAAGAGGAAGGAAGAAAGAGAGUUGGUGAGAAACUUUGAGUGAAAGUGAAUGAGUGUUUUUUAGAGUAAAAGAGUGCUCUCUCCAAAAGUAUCCAUUUGUAAAUCUUUUUAGUAAAAGUUUCUUUCUUCCAAGUGAGUGUCUUUUCUUUUGUGUCAAUUUCUCCAACAUGUGAGAGAUACUACGAACACAAAGUCAUACUUAGACUUUCUUUCUUUUCUGAACUUUUGAUGGAAAAUUGAGUUUGACAUCGUGAAGAACUCCCUAAUUUUGUGAAUAUUGAUGGUCAACUGACAAUUUAGCAACAGUUUUAUUUUAUGGUAGAAUAUGAUUGAUUAAUAGACAUUAUGAUUUCUGUUAUUAUAAGAAAAAUGUGUAAGAAUUCGCACAAUUUAAUCUAAACUUGUUUACCAUGGGUUUUUAAGAAUUUAGUAUACAACAGUUAUGGAAUUACAAUUUUACAUUUUACAUUAUAAGGAUUGGAUAUAAAAUUAGAUGGAGAAGGAGAUGUCUUAGAGAGGUGAGAAACGGAAAGAAUGAAAGACGAGUUGGAGAGAGAGUGGGAGAGAGAUGUUGGAAAGUGAUCUAGUUAUCUUAUGGAGAGACAUCGAGGAGAGACAUCGAGGAGAGACAUUGAGGAGAGACAUCGAGGAGAGACAAGUUAGAGAGAUAUAAGCUGAAGCAAGAGGAAAAUGUUAAAAGAGGCAUAUGAAGGGGGAAAAGUUAGAGAGAGAUUUCAGUCAGAGAGAUGUUAGAAAGUGAGAAAUAAGUUAGGAAGAUUAUGAUAAUUGUUAACUAAAGAAGAAGCUGUGCAGUGUGUAGUGUGUAUCAAUCGUUCACUAAUAGAAAUCUAUUUUUAAGACGA